UCUUAGUUGGUAAAUGUCACUUCUUCUCCACCAAUAUAGCAAACAUUGUGAACAGUUACUCGCUCAGCCAGAGAGAGAGAGCUAGGCACCUAGCUCAUUACGAUCGUUCUUUUGAACGUAGGAUUGUGGUCUGGUGCACAAGACACUACUCAGAAAGAGCAGGUGGAGUUUGCCCUCCCACCCCACUCAUCAGUGGUUCAUUCCUUUUUCUUCAUCUGCAUGAGCGCACCAUGGCAAUUCUAAAGGAAAUCCUCGACAUCAACACAGGCCUUGCUUUAGGCGUUGCCGUGUUGUCGUUGUUGUGGUGGUUUUCCGUCAGACGACCUGCAGGUGCACCUCCAGGACCUUGGCUGGCUGUACCACUGCUGGGUCACCUGCUGCUGAUGAUGAAGAAAGAUCCUCCGCAGCAGUUCGCAGCAUGGCGACGACAGUACGGUGACGUGUUCAGUCUGUACCUGGGCAGCCAGCUGGUGGUGGUGCUCAACGGCUACAAGGUCCUCAAGGAAGCGUUGGUAAACAACGCCGACACCUUCUCCGACAGGCCUCACCUCCCUUUAAUGGAUUUUGCAACCAAGAGCAAAGGCGUUAGUGACACCUCUGGUGUGGUGUGGAAAGACCAAAGAAAGGUUUCUCUGGAUAUCCUACGAGAGCUAGGGAUGGGCAAAAACGUGCUGGCGGUAAAGGUCCAAGAAGAGAUCAAAGAGUACAUCAGGGUCAUAUCCGAGAGCCAAGGUCAGCCACUGGAUCUGAGACACUUGACCCAAGCCAGCGUGUCCAACAACAUCUGCUCCAUUCUCUUUGGCAAACGCUUCGAGUAUGACGACGAUGUCUUUAGAAACAGCCUUAGGUUGAUGGAUCACGUUUUGCACGAUGGGGGAGCGGGUGCAGUGGUCACUUUUCUGCCUUUCCUGCGACACCUGCCUGGAGAUUUCUUUAAGUUGAAGCACUUAGUAAGCAGUAUUCUACUAUUGCUUAAUGAGUUUAUCAAGCCUUUUGUAGACGAGCACAACCGCAGGUAUGAGGAGGGCAUAUACGAGGAUGACGACUUUAUUGGCGCCUACAUCAGAGAAAUACAUCAUCAUCGCAACAGGCAGUCAGGAUCACCUCACAUCAACGAUGUUAAUCUCCCGAAGACAGUCUUCGACAUCUUCAUAGCUGGCACGGAUUCGACCUCUACAGCUAUCCUGUGGACUCUGGUUUACUUCCUUCACCACCCUGACGUGCAGGACAAGUGCUACGAGGAGAUCCACAGAGUUGUCGGCACAGAGCGAGCGCCAACCAUACAGGAUAGACCGCAGUUAGUUUACAUGGAGGCUGUCAUCAUGGAGGUUCUUCGCUACGCCAACAUUAGUCCACUAAGUGUGCCACAUACCACCCCAUGUGACGUGGAGUUUGGCGGAUACACGAUCCCUAAGGGCACUUUUGUUUUCCCCAACCUGGAUUCUGUGAUGAGAGAUCCGGAGAUCUGGGGUGACCCCGACAGAUUCCGACCUGAACGUUUCAUUGGAGAGGACGGCAAACUGUGGAGACCUGAAGAGUUCAUUCCCUUCUCUAUGGGUCGACGCGUUUGUAUGGGUGAGGCGCUUGCCAGAAUGGAAUUAUUUCUAUAUCUGUCAUCAAUGGUACAACACUUCCAAUUCCUCCCUCCGGAAACUGGAGAGCUGCCAUCUUUGCAAGGCCUGCUGGGAGUAGCCUAUACCCCUAAACACUUCAAGGUUCGAGCUGUGCCUAGGAUGUGUUCCACAAAAGAAACAUCUGAAUGAAAACAGUAAUGGAACGGACGUGUGUUAAAGGAAACCGAAACACAUCUGAGUUUCCUAUUUAUUUAUCAUCAAAGCUGUAUACAUUACUGCAGCACAUCUAUUAACGAGUGACAGCCUCAGUUUAUUUUUAUCUGUUUUUUUUAUGUCAUACGUAGAGAACACAGAUCGUUGACCAAGAAAGACUAAUCAACUGAGUUUUCAAUGGCGAAAUGUUGGGAGAGACCUACACGAUUCAUAGCUAGGAUAAAUACAUUUUAAUGCAGUUUGUUGGACCACCUUUUUGUUGAAUUUUAUUCUUAUUAAUACUAAUCCGCUUGCGUACAAGUUCUUUUCAUCAUGCAUAUGCUUCAUUUGUUUUCAAAGCGUACACCUUAAGCAGAUUUUUUAUUUCUUUGUCGUGUACAUCACACAAAUGAUAUUUAAACGGACAUCAAUAUUUAUUUGAAUUUGAAUGUAAAUAGACAAAACAUGUGUUGUAUUUGAAUACUAUCAUUUAAUAAGACUCCUUUUUUGACUGACUCGGAUAUCACUACAGUUAUAAAGUUUGACGAAGGUACUUUAAAGCUGGUCAGUGUGUAAAAAGGUCAUUAUGGGCGUAAAUUAAAGAGGAUAACAAUGUAAGCAAGAAUAAAAUUAAGUAGGUCUACUUACAGGCAUUGAAAUCAGUAAUAAAAUUUUAACAGAAAAGUGGGAGCCUUUUAACAAAUUUACAACACAGCCAUUUUAUAAGGAAUAGGAAUGCAUGACGAUAUUUUUGUAGAGGGGUGUGUAGGAUUGUAUGGAAUUAAACUUAUCACAGAACGUGGAUUACUCAAUCUGUGUUUGUGUGGUGGAAGCAAUAAAAUCCUUUGUUUUUUUUGUUUUUUUUAAAAUAAAUUUGAUUGUCGCUGGGA